AUGAUCAAAAUGCGAAAUCCGAUCGAGUUGCACUCAAAUGUGAGCGCGCAAAUUUUGUGGCUAUCAGCCGGGAAAACGGUGCAACUUCAAGUAAACCAGGAAACGAUUUCAACUCGUUUCGAAGAGACACAGCAAUUGACCGGGAAGAUCAAAGGGAUCAUGCUGGGUGGAGCCCUAUCGGAAUCACGUUCAUUUAUUGGCUGCAUUCGUGGGGUCAGUUUGGCUGGGAAACCGUUGAAACGAGAGGAUAUCGAUGGAAAUGAAAAUCUCUGCGAUUGUGAGACUGGUUGUGGGAUAGUUGAGAAAGCUGUAGAAGUAAAAUCGAAACCCAAGAAACAACAAAUCGAGCAUCCAUUUUGGCCGCUGACUUUCAACGGGACGGGCUUUGUCGAGUUCGAGAAUCUGCGAAUCGAUGUGAGAAAUCGGGUUGAGGUGACACUCCAAAUCCGCCCACGCAGUUCCGACGGUCUCUUGUUCUAUUGGGGAUCGCUUAAAGAUGGUCGCUCAUCUGGAGAUUUCCUAGCGUUGUACCUGGUCGCCUCACAACCGCAUUUCUUCUGGAAUCUCGGCUCCGGGAUCGCUUAUGUCAAAGCAACGCCGAUCUCAAAUCACAACUGGUCGACGAUCGAGUUCGGGCGAACGGGAAGAGAUGGACACAUCAGUGUUGAUCGCGGUUUCGCCAAUAAACAGACGAGUUUGCCAAAAAACACUCAUCUCGACGUGUCUGGCUUUCCGCUUUUUAUCGGUGGUGUCACCAAUUUCGAGAAAAUUCCCCCAAAACUUCGCUCACUCAAUCGAACGUUUUUGGGAGAAAUUCGUUUCGUUUCGAUCAACGAGCAACCGAUUCUCAUCACAAAUGUGAGUUCCACAAAUUGCCCGUAUUCUCUC